AUGCAACUUCCAGAACUAGUUAUUUCAUUAGAAAGUCUUCUUAUUGAUGCUUAUUUAAAGCAACCACAACCUUUAUCUGAAAUAGAAACAUGGUUACUUGGCUUAAUUACAUUAAAUAAAG